AUGUCGCUUGUUGUGGAAUGUGGACUUCCGUCAGUCAGGUCCGCUCUUUCUGGAGCUAACGGUCCGAGAGUUACAUGGAUCAGAUCUCUAGCAACGGUGAGUCAGGUGUUGAGAGGCGGAGCUUGGGCUCUUCCUCAUGGAAGACAUCCUAUCAUUACCCUUUUGAAGGCGUGCCUCCCAAACGAGCUUCCAGACAAAAAUUCACCUCUAGACGACUUCUUCCUGUGGAGAAACACGAUUGGACCUCCACCAGGAAUCUUUUCUUCGGCAAAGACCUGGAUUCUCUUCAUCCUUCUUCUCCCUCUCUCCCCUGGACCAAAACGAGGAAGCAAGAGUGGUCAAGAGAAAGACCGAGCCCGUAGUGGCAGAGAAAUAAGUCGUUCUAGCCCUGAAGAGUCAGGAACAGCCACAGGCACGUGUUAUCGCAGCUCCUCGGAUUCUGAACAUCCCAGAGGCUUCUUUGGAUCUGAACCUGCCAAGUUGAGUUUCAUGAAGUUGUCGUAG